AUGGACAGAUUUCGAUUCCGUAACCUGACUUCUCGAGAUCGAUUAGCUUCAAAAGUGCCCACUUCUCUUCAAGGAAAGAAACAGAGUCAGAGGUCGUCAAGGUCUUCUUCUUCUGAGUAUAAUUCUUGCCACUGCGAAGCUUUGAGUGAAAACAAGUUGCAGCCUCAUCAAAGCAGUACUGGAGUACCGAUGAAAAGUUUGUUGGCACAAGAAAUGUCAAAGCAGAAAGAAUCUAAAAAGAGAUCACCAAGCAUUAUAGCGAGGUUGAUGGGUCUCGAUGUCUUGCCGCCUCAGAGUUCUUCUUCUCAUAGACAACACAAGUCUGUAGAGAAUCAGCAAGGCAGGAGUGGUGGUGGAAGCAGCACUUCUUAUGAUGGUAAUAAAUCUCUUAGAAGGAGCUCAAAGGGUGAGCAGAAGUUUAAAGAUGUUUUCGAAGUUAUGGACGCAAAGAAGGCAGAGAGCAAUAGAAACUUAUAUCAUCAAGGGAGGGUGAAUGCUGCUAAUCUCACCCAGGCAGAGAUGGCUUUUAUACGGCAGAAGUUCAUGGAGGCUAAGCGGUUAUCAACGGAUGAGAGAUUUCGUAACUCUAAAGAGUUUAACGAUGCCCUUGAGGCUCUAGACUCUAACAAGGACCUCUUACUGAAGUUUCUUCAGCACCCAGAUUCAUUAUUCACAAAACAUCUGCAUGACCUUCAAAGCGUACCUCACAAGCCACAGUACAGUCAAGCUCCAUCUUUGAAGUCGCCGCAAAACAGCCAGAGGCAUGUAGAUGGUCUGAAAACUCAGAAAGUUGAUAGGGACUUGUUAAGGAAGAGUCAAAGGUCACCUCAUCAGCACGGUGGUGGUAGUGGUUGUUCUAGCCGUUGUCAUACUAGGCAUGUUUCUUAUGAUACACUUGACUUACCAAUUGAGGAGCUGGGAAAGACUAGUGAGUCGCAGCCUACCAAGAUUGUUGUUCUGAAACCUAACCUUGGCGAGCCACGUUAUGCUGGUAGAACUUUUGCAUCGCCAAGCUCUUCUUCCGAUGAGUUCAGAGCAGAUCGUAGGCUUCCAUGCACCAGCAAUCAUGGCAGGCAGAAAAGUUACGAAGAUAUUCGCCAUUCAAGACAGAAUUCAAGAGAUUCCGGAGAAAGCUCCAAGAUUAUGUCUAGGCAAAGGAAGGCUAGCUGUGGCAAUGGUAGUGCUAUGAGUUUUGAGACUUCUGGAUUUAGAGGAUAUGCAGGGGAUGAAAGCUCGUCAGGGAGUGAUUCCGCAAGUGAAACAGAGUUAGUUCCAGUAACUUCAAGAACAAGAGCCGCCUUUAACCGUAAGAACUACCAUCGAUCUUUGCAUUCAAAAUCAACAACAUCAUCUGUGAGUAGGGAAGCCAAAAGGAGACUGUCAGAGAGAUGGAAGCUGACACACAAGUUUGAGCAAGAAAUAGAAAUUAGUAGAAGCGGCACAUUAGCUGAAAUGCUUGCAACUUCAGAUAGAGAGGCAAGGCCAGCGAGUUUUAAUGGACUCAUUUUCGAAGAGGGAAUUAGUAAAAGAGUUGAGAGCAAUCUUCAGUGGUCUGAAUUGCAAGAACCGGUUGGAAUCAGCAGUAGGGAUGGUUGGAAAGGAUCCUGGUCAAGGAAGUUUUCAAAAUCCAAAACCAUCAUGAACCAGGAAAGCACUUCUGGAUACACUAUAGUGCUGCCUAAGUUGUUGAUCGACCGAGAUGAAUUAGUGAAGGGGAACUCUUCUCAUCACGUGGAGUCUUACUUGUCGAGCAAAUCAAGACCAGGUAGUAAUAAAUCUCAUUCAUCAUACAAUAGUUCACCAGAGGUCAACAUCAGCCCAAGUUUAUGCAAAUUCCUUUAUACGAACGAUGAGAUUCGUAAAGAGAAGCUCUCUCCUUCUAAAGCACGUAGCAGUUUCUCAGUCGAUGCAAAUUCAGACACUGAGGAUGACUCAACUUCUGAUGAUAUCAAGACGGCAAUGUCUUCUGAAGCUCCAGAUUUGUCAACUGUCACCACGUUAACUGACCCUGAUAUCUCAAGGAUUCCAACUGAGGAUGUGAGUCAUUCUUCGGUUUCGGUUCCUGAACCACAAUCUCGUGAAACCUCAAAGGAAGGAGAUCAACCAAGUCCGGUUUCAGUUCUAGAAGCUUCUUUCGACGAUGAUGCUUCAUCAACUUCUGAAUGCUUUGAAAGUGUUAGCGCGGAUCUUCAAGGACUCAGGAUGCAACUUCAGCUCCUCAAACUAGAGUCAGCUGCUUACAAUGAAGGUGCCAUGCUUCUUUCGAGUGAUGAUGACACAGAUCAAGAAGAAUCAUCAACAAUAACUGAUGAGACUGUGAUCACACGUGAGGUCGGAGAAGAAGACUGGAAGACACUGUACUUAGUUGAUCUCCUAGCCAACUCGAGCUUCGGUGACUCAGACCACAACACUGUCAUGGAAACACCUGUGGAUCCAUCUUUGUUUCAGGAUCUCGAGAAGAAAUACUCAAGGCUGAAAACCUCAACCCGGCUAGAAAGGAAGUUCCUUUUCGACCAGAUCAGCAGAGAGCUUAUCCAAAUGCUAAAGCAGUUUUCGGAUCCACACCCGUGGAUCAAAUCCACGAGGAUGGUCCCGAAGUGGGAUACAAACAUGAUACAAGAGAAACUGCGCGAUUUGGUCACAAGAAAAGACGAGAAACCAAGCAAAGAUGAUGAUGUGGAGGAGAAGGAGUUGCAAUGGCUGAGCUUGGAAGAUGACACUGAAAUCAUAGGUAGAGAUAUUGAGGAAAUGCUGACUGAUGAACUCUUAGCAGAGCUUGUACUAGAUGCAAUCUUCUAG